AUGGCCUGGGAGGCCACAUACCUGCUAUCCCCCAUCCUGCUGGUGCUCCUGGACUCAGGCUUUUGCACAGAGGAUGCAGAGUUAUUUCAAGUAGUGGAAGGCCAGAACUUUUCUGUGAAAUGCCAGUAUUAUCACAGCCAACACGUCAAAGAGAAGGUGUGGUGUCAGCAAAGAUCAACAAAACAUUGUGAAGUGUUAGUGUCCAGUCUCAGCCCAGAAGCUCAGCUGCCGAAUUUCUCCAUCUGGGACCAUCGUGACUCUCACUUCUUCACUGUCACCAUGACUACACUCACGGUGAGAGACUCGGGUGUCUAUUACUGUGGAAUCUAUGACAAUCGCAGAACAGUCCGUGUUCUCAAAACUAUCCGCCUGGUGGUGUCAAGAGCCCCAUCCACAACCUCCUGGAUGACAACAGUCCUGGCCUCUGCCACCAGCUCUGCCACCAGCUCUAGCUUCCCUCUGGAUAGCUGGAUGUGGAAGGGCAUCAUUGCUGGUGUGGCAGUGGCCGUCCUGCUACUGCUCGUGUUUGUUGUCCUUGUGGUCCUGUACCUCAGGAAUGCUCGAGGAAGAGCCCAGAAAGUUGAGAACGAAUGUCACAACAUCUAUGAAGAAUUUCCAGAUCAGAAGGAGGAAACCACUGACGUCAAUCAACAGAUCCUGUCCACUGAGGACACGGAGGCCAUUUGCUAUGCUUCCCUCAUCCACCUCAACCACACGAGCCUUCAGGACUCCAUCUCUAGCAGUUCCCAGCCCUACCAGAAGCCCUCGCCUGACCCUCUUCUCUCUGUGGAAUAUGCUAGCAUCUCUAGAAACAGACUCCAGCCAGCCAAGGCAGCUGCCCAAGAGGUGGAAACCAGGAACUGA